AUGCAAAAAACUAUUUCCACAGGUGAUUAAGAUUAUAACAUUGUAAAGGCUGACAAUCAUCAAGAUUCUGAUGAAGAAUUAUAGGAAAAAUAGGAGAAGAGCUCAAAAUUAGUGAUUGAUGACGAAGAGGAAUUGAAAGAAGUUCCCUUAGAAUAACAUGAAUAAAACAAUACUAAUAUCAAACAAGAAGUUUAAUAACAUCAGCAAGUGCAAAAGUAGUAAGUAAUCUAGCAGCAAUCCAAUGAAUAACCUAAAAAAGUUGUUGCCUAGGUUUAUCCUAAGUUCAUAGACUUUGAUUAUUAAGACAUUAAUAUUAAAUUCAAGCCUGAAUGGAAGGACAAAAGAUAAAUCCCUGAACCAAAUAAAUUUGAUAAGAAAGCAGUUAUAGAAAUUAAAGAGCCUGUGCUAUACACUAUGGAUAAGCAAAAACCAAAACAUGGAAGAUCAUUUUUUACUUCCUUAUUUUCUACAGAUUAUAGAUAUAUCCACAUUAAUGGCGGAUAUAUGUAUAUUUUAUAAUUAAAGAAUGAUAAAAUGCUUGUAAAGAGCGUGAAUUCUUUAUAGAGAUUAUUUAAAUUAAUACUAAAGGGAGAUUAAAUUUCGUUAUGUUUCAUCAAUGCCAAUCUAGAUAAAACUAAACCACCUAAUGUAUUUAUUAUGUAUAGAUAUAAAAUUAGAUAAAAACAUAUCAAUUCUUGAAAGGUAAAGAAUAGAAGGAGAAACUAUUAAUGAGAUUAAGAGGGGAGAUUAAUAAAUUAGGGUAUGAUUUUGAUUUGAUGAAAUGA